GCCCGGUUGCUCACUCGUAAACUGCCUGAUUCCCCCGGAAGCUUUCAGUGGAAAACGCGUGUCCGUACAACAAGAUGGCGGCCUCCAGGAGCGGCGGGACAGCGCGGGAGUUUUCUGUAGGACUUGUGUGUGAUUACCUGCUAUGGUUUCAGGGAGCUGAUUUUUCCUGCUGAAGCGGCAAGUGAUGAUGUCCGUGGUACAUCGGCUGGCAGCGGGGUGGCUCCUGGAUCAUCUCACUUUCAUCAACCAGUGUGGCUAUGAGGUCUGUGACUCCUUUGCACGCCCUGGUGGUGUCGCUCUCAAUACCUCUGUCAUGUCUACUGGAGAUUGCCACCAUACUUCUAACUUUGCUGCCACCUCCACAUCAAGAGAUGGUUCUAUUCCUGGUCCUGGAGAUGUAGUAGAAGCAGAACUUAAAACAGCAAAAACGAGAUACGUGUUUCGAGAGGAGUUCUUUGACAUUUCUAAGCCCCAUAUUGCUGUAGCUUCUGAAGAGCAGCUGUGUCAGGGAUGCCCGGAGUUGAGUCUCACAGAAAUUAAGGCCAACAGCAACAGAGAGGAACACCAAGAAGGAACCAAGAGUGGCAUCGGAGGUUCUGUUGCCAGUGCUAGGAAGAAACGUAAAAGGAAAUGUGUAUUCAACCAAGGGGAACUGGAUGCUUUAGAAUACCAUUCAAAGGUCAGGAAACUCAUUUGGGAAGGCACUUGGCGUUUAGUCCAAGAAGGACUCAAAAGUGGUUUUCUUCACCGCAAUACUGCAGAAGUCAGUUGCAGGAAGAAUGUUGGGCCUGGACACAUUGACUGUGGAUUGGCUGAAUUAUGUGAAAUGGCAAAACAGUUUCUAGCUGUAAAUGAAAGUGACCAUCAAGCUGUACAUGUGCUAGAUGAUGAAACCUCCAUUCCAGAGCAGGACCUGCUUUCGUGUGUUACAGAAAACAGUUCAAACUGUGCGAAGAUAGUUGUGUUAAUGGGGCAGAAGUACUUGGUGCCACCAAAAAGCAGUUUUCUUCUGUCUGAUAUUUCAUGUCUACAGCCCCUGCUGAACUACAAGAAAAAAUAUGAUGUAAUUGUGAUUGAUCCACCAUGGGAGAACAAAUCCCUUAAAAGGAGUAACAGAUACAGCUACUUGUCUUCAUGGCAAAUCAAGCAGAUUCCUGUACCAGCCUUAGCUGCUCCAAAUUGUCUUGUAGUCACGUGGGUGACUAAUAGACAGAAACACUUACGUUUUGUUAAGGAUGAACUUUAUCCUCAUUGGUCUGUGAAAACACUUGCGGAGUGGCACUGGGUGAAAAUUACUAGAGCUGGAGAAUUUGUAUUGCCUCUGGAUUCUUUACACAAAAAGCCUUAUGAAGUUCUUGUAUUGGGGAGAGUUCAAGGAGACAUAAAGGAAGCCUUAAGGAAAUCUGAAGAUGUACUUCCAGUUCCAGAACAUAAGUUAAUUGUCAGCAUACCCUGCAGUCUGCAUUCACAUAAACCCCCUCUUACUGGAGCAGUCCAUGAAAAGAUCAGCUGAGGUGUCACAAAGGGAGUCUGCGACUGGCAAACUUGAUGCAAAAAGUCAGAACUUGGAUUGCACCAAAAUAAAAGUAUGCUGAUUGGAUAUAUUUUUGCAUUCUACACUGAUCAUAUCUGAAGAGAUUGAGUCAAGCAACAUGGUGUUGGAUUUAUGAGAUGUAUUUUUAAGCUAUAGAAAUUCAGAAACCACAGGGAGAACUGAUAAAAAAUGACCAAGCUAGCCUUUGGAAAAGGAAAUGGUUUCAUAGGAUUCCUUCUUUUGUCCUCAGCAACAAAAAUAAAAUCUUAGCAUGUAAUUUUUAGUAGAGAUAUAUUUUUCAGUCUUUCUGCCUCCUUUGUACUGUGUACUCCUUAAACCUUUGCUUUUUUCAUACAUAUUUUUAUACACAGUAUCUUUGUAGCUGUUUUCUGAAACUUAGUUAAGAAUUUGCUUGACCCAGCCACAAACUGAAUGGGUCUAUAUGGCAAGUAACAUGUUUAACAAUAAACUGCUUACAGAAAUACGUUUUAUGUGAAGUGCAAGGUCUAUUUCUGUCACUUCAAGAAUACCGGUUAUAAUCAGUGACACAACUGAUGUUAAUGACAGGCGUCUGUUUAUUUGGGUUUAAGCAGUAAAAAUACCCAACUGUAGAAGACAUUUUAGAUUUGUGUUACUGAAUGAAAGACCACAGUUACAGAAAUAUUUCUUCAGUUGCCAAGUUGGUGAAAAAGAAGUUCCUGCAUUUUUAUAGCCCUUUUACUGCUACGCUUAUUUAACCGGUGUUUCUUAUUUUACGUUUUAACAGUUGUGAUCAAAAAAAUGCUUUUAUCCCCUUUAAAAUGCAGAGGAGAGGGUGUGAUCUUAAAUAAGGGAAGGUUUUAUUUACUUCUUUAUUUUAGAAAUGUCGCCCGUGUGUUGUAGGAGCUAAGUGAGUCUUUAUGAGGUGUUUGGUUGUUAUUAGUGAAAAAUUCAGAACUCAUCUCUGUAGAGGCUGAAAUAAAUCCUCAUUCCCCUUCCUAAAUGAAAACCAAUAAAUCAAGGCUAUUGAAGGCCUUGACAGUAUUGUUCAGAAUCUCAAGGGCACUUAUUUAAGAUGACUUUCUCAAUAUAAAUAGUCCAGCUGUUUGAUGAAACCCCAGAAAUUAAUUUGCUGUCACUUCAUUUUUUUAAUGAAACAUUUAGUUUUUCAUCUGCUAGCAGCACAGGGGAGGUUUUAUUUGUUUACUAUUGUUAUUUGUACCGUUGUCACUGUUGUUGUCUUCUGUUUUUCUGUUGCACAGCAGUUCUGGCAGAGUUUAUCAAGCCAGAUGUGGAAUGCUUGGAGUUGUUUGCUCGCAACCUGCAGCCUGGCUGGACCAGCUGGGGAAAUGAGGUUUUGAAGUUUCAGCACAUUGAUUAUUUCACUCUUCUGCAGAAUAAAAACUGAGUUGGGUCUUGUAGCUUAAUUUUGAAAUUCGGCACCUUCCCAGCAGCUUCUCGAACUUGCCUUUGUUACUGAUGGUGCACUCAGAAGGUAACAGAAAUAAAACCAAUUGCGCUUCAGUUAAAAUUCUUGAAGUGACAGGAUAUCUGUUUCAUGUUAUCUCAAUUUGUUCAAUCUGGUGCUUUAUUUUAAUGAUGUUGAAAUAUUUAAAUACUGAUGUUAGAGUGUAAGUCCAUCCCUGUUCCUUUUCAAACCUCAAGAAAAGAAAGAUGUUCACUACAGCUAUAAAAUCUGAGCAUCGUAAGUGCUACGGUGUUGCCAUUGUAAUGUAUUAUUUUUAAAAAAUGAUAAUGUAUUAUUUUUAAAGAGUGCCAGUGGGAGUGUAAACAGUUCUGAAUUACGUAUGUUUCUUUAAAGAAGAUGUUUUUUUGCAAACCAGUGGAUUUUUAACUAAAGGAAUCGUGAAGGCAGUGUACCUCCUUACAUGUUUGUAUCUGUCUGUCUGCCUCGGAGAAAAUAAAAAGAACAGUGCUUGUGUUAAUUGGCAAACGAAUUGUUGACUGACACAUUCUAUGUGAAAUUGCACUUUAAAAACUGUCAGCAAUUCCAUCUUUCUGUAUAUGGUGUUAAUUCUUUGAAUGCAUUGUAAAUGGUCAGUCUCAACAUUUUACGAAUUCUGCAUAUGAAGCUGUUAGAUUUAACUGAAAUGUUAACAGAUUGUAAGUAUUAAAAUAUCUUUCCUUAUAUUAUUGGAACAUUAAAAAGCCAUGCCAGUGAACUGUAUUUUUCAGCUUGCAUAAAAAUGUCUGUUUUUUUUUUUCUAAGAAUGCUACACUUUGUGUGUCCUUUGCUACCCUUAGAUUUGCUUUGAAAAAUCAAGAAAGGAAACUUAAUGAACCCUCUGCCGCUUACUCAUUUACAGCACUAGAGGCAGAGCUGCUGGACAAGUUGAUUUCCCUGAUGGCAAACUCCUGAGUUCUGACUGUUUAUAAUGGGGAACAAAAUGCGUUGCAUACCUUCUUUACAUUCAUUUCCCUUUUGGGAGUCUGAUGAGCUGUGGAGGUUUUUAAAUUAAUCUUUAAAUGUUAGCAGGUUAUUUUUUUAAAAUAAUUUUGUAAUAAAAAAAUAAAAAAGGAAAAA